UUGACCUUGUUUUAUCUCUAGGUAUACAUACUUUUAAAGGCCAGUACUUUCAUAGCCGACAGUAUAAAUAUCCAGACAUGUUUAAGGAUAAGAGAGUCCUUGUGGUUGGAAUGGGAAAUUCCGGCACAGACAUUGCUGUGGAGGCCAGCCACCUGGCAAAGAAGGUGUUCCUCAGCACCACCGGAGGGGCAUGGGUGAUGAGCAGAAUCUCGGACUCAGGGAACCCGAUGGACAUGGUGUUCACAACACGAUUUCACAACAUGUUCAGAAAUGCUCUCCCAACUCCAAUUGUGAGUUGGUUGCUGGCAAGAAAGAUGAACAGCUGGUUCGAUCAUGUGAAUUAUGGCUUAGCACCAGACGACAGGGUGCAGUUAAGAGAGCCCGUGAUCAACGACGACCUCCCGGGCUGCAUCAUCACUGGCAAGGUGCAGAUCAAGCCCAGCAUAAAAGAGGUGAAGGAAAACUCCGUGCUCUUCAGCAACACCCCAAAGGAGGAGCCCGUUGACAUCAUCGUCUUUGCCACUGGGUACACCUUUGCUUUCCCCUUCCUCGAUGAAUCUGUUGUGAAAGUUGAAGGUGGCCAGGCAUCUCUGUACAAGUUUGUCUUCCCUGCGCACCUGCAAAAGCCAACCCUGGCUGUGAUUGGCCUCAUCAAGCCCUUCGGCUCCAUGAUACCCACAGGAGAGGUACAAGCUCGAUGGGUGGUCCAAGUCCUGAAAGGUCUGCAUACGUUGCCGCCACCUAGCGUCAGGAUAGAGGAAGUGGAGAAAAGGAAACAGAAGAAGCCCAGUGGGUUCGGUUUGCACUUCUGCAAGCCUUUACAUUCGGAUUACAUUGAAUACGUGGACGAGCUCCUGACCUAUAUCAAUGCAAAGCCCAACCUCUUCUCUCUGCUCCUGACCGACCCACGCCUGGCCUUGGCCAUCUUCUUUGGUCCCUGCUCACCAUACCAGUUCCGCCUGACAGGCCCAGGAAAAUGGCAAGGAGCCAGAAACACCAUCCUGACACAGUGGGACCGAACCCUCAAGGCCACCAAAACUCGAACUGCACGAGAAUCCCCGUCUUCCUUUGAAAGUCUGUUUAAACUCAUUAGUUUGCUGGCUUUCCUUGUUGUUAUUUUCCUGAUUUUUCUAUAAGGAAAAGAUCUUCCAAAAGGCUCUUCCGAUGCAUAGAGUAGAUUACAGCUUUUGACUCCUCCCUUACAGUGACACUGCCUUCACAGUUAGAAGCCACAGUUACAUGCUGAAGGCCACCACCCUCCUCCCCAACUGGCUCCAGGGGAGGCUUUGAUACUCCCGAGCCUCUCCCACCUGUUAUGUCUAAAGCUAGAGGGUGAUGCCCAAGACUUCUGUGCGCCUGAAGGCUCUGGGAAGUCCUGAAACAUUUUAGGAAGAGAGCUAUCCUGGGCAGCACACCUAGAGCCAGAGCUGUCCAGCAAAAUCUGUUCCCAAAGACCUCACCCAAGAGCCCAGGCCCACCUCACAAAAGACUGCUUUGCACCCAAAGGAUGCGUUUAUGUGGCUGAAUAAAGACAAAGAAAGAACCCUA